AUGUUUCCUUCAGUUGAUGGUCGCCUUACUAUCCUCGCCAUCUUACCUGCUUCUGUUGUUAUCUUCACAUCCCUCAAGAGGUUCAUUAGGAACCGACAGAACAAACUUCCCCCCGGCCCCGUGCCGCUCCCACUGUUAGGAAAUUUCUUGUCUCUCGACGCCAAGGCGCCAUGGUUGACUUAUACCGAAUGGGCUGCUACUUAUGGAGAUUUAUUUUUUGUGCGACUUCUGGACCAGGAUGUCGUAGUGAUCAGUUCUCAGCACGUUGCAGAAGCCUUAAUGGACAAGCGUGGUCGCAUUUACUCUGACCGUCCAUAUUUAGCCACAGUCGAGCCAUUUGGUUGGUCGGUCUUCUUUGUACUCACAGGCUAUGGUGACGAAUGGCGUCUUUGCCGACGAAUCAUCCACCAAACUUUCCGUCCUGACUCUGCGCUCAAGUUUCGUCCAACGCAAAUCAAGCAGGCUGGUGAAAUGAUCGUCAAUCUAAUCGAUGACCCUCACCAUUACCAUUCUCACUUUGCAACCUUCUCGUCAUCUGUUGCGAUGUCAACGACCUACGGCUACCAAACUAGUCCUCGUGAUGAUCCUCUGGUUCGAAUCGUAGAAAAUGCACUGGCUGUUGGCAUUGCAGUGGUGACCCCGGAGAGAGCAGCUCUGCUCAAGGCUUUCUCCUUUUUGCUGAAGUUACCUGACUGGUGUUGGGGAUCCUCAAUCAAACGCGAUGCUCGAACGUCGGCCAAUCGCAUGAGACAAAUGACUGACGUGCCGUUCCAAUAUGCGCAGGACCAUAUGGCCGAAAAUUUGUCUCUCGACCAGGUUUCAAUGGUAUCAGACAAUUUGCAACGAAUGGAGAACAUAAAUCAGGCAUCCAAACCCAUGUUCAAGACUGCCUUAAAGAAAGCAGCGACUACUGCUAUUAUAGGUGCAUACGAGACAACCACGUCGAUCUUGAUGACUUUUUCUCUCGCCAUGGUAUUGUAUCCAGAUGUUCAGAGACGCGCACAAGCGGAGAUCGACUCAGUGGUUGGCCGGGAUCGCUUACCCACCUUUGAGGACAGACCGUCACUACCAUAUAUCGAAUCAGUUUUUCGGGAGACUUUGCGAUGGCAGCCUAUCGGACCCCUUGGCGUUGCACAUGCCAGUAUGAGUGAUGAUAUAUAUGAUGGUUAUUUCAUUCCGAAAGGAACAACCAUCAUGUGGAAUACAUGGGGCAUUACACGAGAUGAAAAGCGGUACCCUGAUGCAUCUCGUUUUAUGCCGGAAAGGUUCCUAGACGUCAACGGCGCGUUAACAGAUGAUAACCCUGCUGGAUAUAUUUUCGGCUUUGGCCGGCGUGUAUGUCCAGGCCGAUAUGCUGCUGAUGCCUCUGUAUGGUCCGCUAUUGUUACUAUGUUAGCCACGGUGGAGUUUUCUUCCGCCAAAGAUGAUCAGGGCAAAGCGAUCGAAUUCACCCCCCAAUUCACGAUGGGACUCUUUCGGUACUUGGUUUUUCUCGUAUCAUUCCAUCUUCCUGUCACUAACAGUUUGAUCGCUUUAGUUCCCCUAUGGUCUUCCCUUGCAAUAUCUCAUCACGCUCUCGUGCCCAUUCAGAACUUGUGAAUGUUUUCCGAACAGAAGUAUGAAAUGUUAUCAGGUGAAUGGGUUGUAUACAUGUAUUUCCUUUCUUAGGCCCACACCACCAAUCUGUACAACAUUUGACCACCCCUUGUUUGACCCUUUUCGU